GGAAAAACACUCUCCACUACAAUGCCGGAGGAUCUGAUGAUCCCUGCGGGGUACUACAAAGUGCGAAAGCGUUUCCGCCAGGAGGAGGUGACGCGCAAGAAGCGGGACAUUCCGUGGCAGAAGCGGGUCCUGGACCUGGACAACAAUCAGUUGUUCGGCCGCACAGCCUUUGCGUGGCUCCGGUUCAUUGGCUACUACCUCUUUCUGUACUUCCUGAUCUUUUUACUCAUGAGCAUGUGGUUCAUAAUAUUCAACUACGCGCUCAUACCCAAAGAUCGGCCCAGGUGGCUGAAGGGAGCGCCCGGGUUAUCCGCUGUGCCGGGCAACACAACCACCAUAUCGUGGUACACGCACCUGGAGAAGCAGAUCCAUCCGAUAGCCGACACCAUCGAAGCGGCGCUUGAGAAACUGAACGACAAUGCGGAGAAGUUCUUCCACGAGUGCAACACGGACUCGCUCUGGGGCUAUGGGACGGCGAAGACGCCCUGCUUCUUCGUCAAGAUGAACCAUGUGUACGGAUUCAAGCCGCAGACGUACGACGACACUAACGAUCUGCCAGCCAGUGCGCCCGACGAGCUCAACGAUGUGCUCGGCAAGUAUGGCGGCAAGAGCAGGAUCUGGCUGAACUGCAAGGUGACGAAGGGUCCGUCGCCUACGAUGAUCUACAUUCCGGGGCCCUACUACGACGUCUCCAGCAACAUGAAGGGCGUCACCCGCGUGGUGGCCAUCCAGCUGAAGGACAUGCCCGAGAACAAGGAGGUGCAAAUCACGUGCAAGGUCUGGGCAAAGAACAUAGCCGUCUCAGAGAAGAUUUCCGGCAAGGGAAACAUCAAAAUCUCGCUACGCAUGCGGGUGGAUAAGCAGGCCAAGCCCAAGCUCAAGCCCAAGACCAGAAGGGUCACCAUUAGGCGAAGGGUUUUGCGUCCUUCUACCACAGCCACCACCGAGCAACAGCCGAAAGUGAGUCCGACAAGUCAAACAGUAACUGCAGCGAGUCCGAGAAGUAAAACAGUGAGGGUUACUGCUAAAGUAGAGGAUGAUACGGAGACUGCAGAUGAAGCAGAUGAAGAGGUGGAGGAUGUGGAAGAUGAAAAAGAGACAGAGAAACCCAAUAAAAACAAGGCGGCCAAUACCCCGAAAGCCAAGAAAGUGGCACACAGUCCGAAAAAGGAAACGGUGGCUGAAAGUCCAAAAGAAAGGGAAGCAGCGGAGCCUUCCAACGAAGAGAAAGAUUCCGUGAGUGAAGACGAAGAGGAAGAUGAAGAAGACGAGGCAGAGACGACUGUUCGGUACACACGCAAACCGAAGCAAAUGAAAAUGAGGGAGAGUCCGAAAAAACAAACGGUUACUGAGAGUCCGAAAAAUAAGAAAGUAAUGGAGCUCCGAAACGAAGAGGAAGAUGCGGAUAUCCAAGAUGAAGAUGACGAAGAUGAAGACGAGACAGAGACAGAGACGACUGCCAGGACCACCCGAAAUCCGAAAAAAAUCAAGGUACCAGUUACAUCAAGUCCAAAGCAAAGAAAAAUGAUUUACAGCCCGAAGCACAGGACAGUGAUAGAAAGCUCAAAAAAAGCGACAGUGACAGAGAGUCCGAAGCAAAAGAACGCAACGAAGCCUCUAAAAAGUGGGCAUUCUCCAAGGAAUCGACAACUAAAAACCACAAAUGAGAGCACGGUCCAUUCCACGCGGAAGCCAAGAAAACCAAAGGUGACAAGUACGAAAAAUAAGAAAGUGACAGCAAAAGAUACCCCGAAGCAAACGGAGCAGACUCCAAGGGCAACCACAGGAAACCAGAAAGACGAGGUUGAAAAGCCUCCAAGAGAAGAAUAUAUUCCCGAGACAACUGAAUUCGAUCCAUACUUUGCAAAUAUAUGAAAGAGUCAGGAUCAUGAUAC